AGAAAAUGGUAGGGAAAAAAGCAUGGAUUGACUGGCUCUCGAGGAAGAAGAACGAACGGAAAUCACGAGAAUAUAAUCAGGCAAACAUUUAAGAAAAUAUAUUUUCCUGGUUAAUAAUCAACAGCGAGCAAAACCCAACAACUCAAAUUUUGUAUUCUUUCUUGGUGUUCUGGAUUAGGUUCACUUCCUACGAGAAAGGGGGUUUUGGUUCCCUUUUUGGGUUGCUUCGAGGUGGGCAAAACAAUUUAGAUUUUUGCCAGUAGUUUACCUGGAAUUGAAGUGAGUUUUGUGAUUCUGGGUUUUCUGUAAAUGGGAUGGAUGUUUGGUUUGGUGUUUAAUGGAUUUUGAUUAGCAUUUGACAGGGUGAGGAAGUUGGUGUAGUGGUAUCAGGAGGUGGCAUUCUGUUCACCUAUUAGAAUUAUGUUCAAACAGAUUCUAAGUAAGCUUCCACGAAAGUCAUCAAAAACCACUGAAAAUCGUGAACAUGGUGGAAACCAUGCCACUUAUUCUAAAGCUUACAGUGGUUCAAGAAAAAGUGAUUCUAUUCCAGGGCCAAAUGCUGCAUCAGAUGCUGGUCGUAAAGGUGCUAGUUUGAAGCCUAAUGGAAAUUCUGCCUUUUCUUCCUAUGAAGCACUGCCUGGAUUGAAGGAUGUUCCAGGUUCAGAGAAGCAGAACUUGUUUAUAAAAAAGCUGAAUUUAUGUUGUGUUGUAUUUGACUUCACUGAUGCAACAAAGAACCUUAAAGAAAAGGAGAUCAAGAGACAAACUUUGUUAGAGCUUGUGGAUUAUGUGACUUCUGCAAAUGGAAAAUUCCCAGAGACUGUUGUGCAAGAGGUUGUAAAAAUGGUAUCUGCAAAUUUGUUUAGGUGUCUCACUCCUCAACCACGUGAGAAUAAAGUUGUGGAAGCUCUUGAUGUGGAAGAGGAUGAACUUUCAAUGGAUCCUGCAUGGCCACACUUGCAAAUUGUGUAUGAUUUUUUCUUAAGGUUUGUUACAUCACAAGAGACGGAUGCCAAAUUGGCAAAAAGAUACAUUGAUCAGUCGUUCAUCCUCAAGCUGCUUGAUUUAUUUGACUCUGAAGAUCCCGGAGAAAGGGACUAUUUGAAAACAAUUCUCCAUCGCAUCUAUGGCAAAUUUAUGGUGCAUCGGUCAUUCAUCAGGAAAGCUAUAAACAACAUUUUUUUCCAUUUUAUUUUUGAGACAGAGAAACAUAAUGGGGUUGCUGAAUUUCUAGAAAUUUUGGGCAGUAUUAUAAAUGGAUUUGCUCUGCCUCUGAAAGAAGAACACAAAGUGUUCCUUGUUCGUGCUCUAAUUCCUCUGCAUAAGCCAAAAUGCUUAGAAAUGUACCAUCAUCAGUUAUCUUACUGUAUUACACAGUUUGUUGACAAAGACUGCAAGCUUGCUGAUACUGUUAUUAGGGGAUUAUUAAAGUACUGGCCUAUCACUAAUAGCUCAAAGGAAGUCAUGUUCCUAAAUGAAUUGGAGGAAGUUUUGGAGGCGACUCAACCACCAGAGUUCCAGCGCUGCAUGGUGCCCUUAUUUCGCCAAAUUGCUCGUUGUUUGAACAGUAUGCACUUUCAGGUAGCUGAGCGGUCUUUGUUCUUGUGGAACAAUGAUCACAUUGAGAACUUAAUCAUACAAAACCGCAAGGUUAUACUGCCCAUUAUUUUCCCUGCAUUGGAGAAAAAUGCCAGAAAUCACUGGAACCAGGCUGUACAUAGCUUGACCUUAAAUGUCCGCAAAAUCUUCUGUGAUCUGGAUCCUGAGAUGUUCAACGAAUGCUUGCUCAAGUUUCAGGAAGAUGAAUCAAAGGAAAAGGCAAUUGAAGCAAGACGUGAAGCUAAAUGGAAACGUUUGGAAGAACUUGCUGACAUGAAAGCUGCAUGCAGUGAGGCAGUGAUUGUUCCCCACAAAGCUGCCACCCCUGCGUCUUCAGGUUAGAGAUAGACAUUUGUUGCUUAGUGCUUAAAAUAUCAGGUUUUCAUUUGAGAUGAAAUAGAAGUAACUAUAACCAUGCCUGAGUGGUGCAAUGUUCGUGGAUUUUUAACUUCUCACUCAUCAAAAGAGGGAGCGAGAUUGAUGUAUGAUGGGUUUUGGCUAAUCCCUGAAGGUCAAUAAACAUUUUGUUAAAUU